GAAAGCUCCUUCGCGUUCCACUAGAAAGUGCUGGUCUAGAUAAUUGUAGUCUCGACCACUUCGACGCUCAAUUCUGCUAAGCAUUUUCUGUACUGUGACUCUGCAAGUGGAACUGCCUGUUUCUGGACCAAGUAGACGGUGUUUGCGUAUUUGUUUCCUCUUGCUCCAGCUCUCUCAAGAUGGGGGACAAGUCCACUCCCAAAACGCCGUCUUUGACGAAGAAGUCAAGCUCGACAUCCUCCACGACCAGCAAGCAACAGCAAAGCAUUCUAGGUUUCUUUUCCAAGGGUGCGGCGGCUUCGUCUUCUUCCAAAUCUUCCAAUAAAGUCACCACAUCAUCUCCAUGUCUGAAGGAAACCACCAAAUCCAACUCCCUGCAGCUCAGCAAGAAAUCAUCCAAUGUGACGCCCGUCCCCAGCAGCGACGCGAUCGAACCCUCGAGUUCGCAGGAGAACCAUUCUGUUUCUACAGUCAAGCAGGUCGUCACCCCCAAGGUUGCAUUCGGGAGCAGUCCUUCUCGCAAGGCGAAAAAAGCCGUUAGUUACGCUGAACCUUCCGACGACGAGGACGAAGACGUGAUCGUGCCCAUGAAGACUUCCCGACGACGAAGCCGCCAACGUGCGGUGGUGCAUGACGACGAGGAUGAAUACGAGGAAAGUAAAGAUGCUGUAAUGCAAGAUGAAGACGAGGACAUGGACGACUUCGUCGUGUCAGACGAAUCAGAUGGCCCGUCGAAGAAAAGGAAGCGACCAGCCCCGAAAGCUCAGCUUGCGCGGAAGAAAUCACAGGUGUCGUCGCCGCCAAUAGCCGAGGAAGACUAUGAGAUAGAUGAGGAAGAGCUCAAGCUCAUGGAGGAAUUGCCGUCAACGUCCACAGCCCAGAAGUGGAAGUACGAUCCCGACACCGUUGAUCCUGUCAAGCUCCGAACACCGCCCCCGAACGCGUCCAAGGCGGCAGCUGCCAGGGGCAAGGCGCAUACCAGAGAACCCGAGGAUCGAUAUCCGUGGCUUGCUAAGAUCACCGACCUGAAUCGAAACCCUCCAGGUCACCCCGAGUACGACCCAUCCACUGUCUACGUUCCGCCCGUUGCAUGGAACAAGUUCUCGGCGUUUGAGAAGCAGUACUGGGAAAUCAAACACAAACUGUGGGAUACUGUCGUCUUCUUCAAGAAGGGCAAGUUCUUUGAGCUCUACGAGAAUGACGCCACCAUCGGUCAUCAGCUCUUCGAUCUCAAGCUUACUGACCGUGUCAAUAUGCGCAUGGUCGGCGUACCCGAGAGCUCGCUCGACACAUGGGUCAACCAAUUCAUUGCCAAAGGCUACAAGGUAGCGCGAGUUGAUCAGAUGGAGAAUGCUCUGGGCAAGGAGAUGCGCGAAAGGGACGACGGCAAGGCCAAGAAGCAAGACAAGAUCAUCCGGCGAGAGCUCGCUUGCAUUCUUACCGGCGGCACUCUUGUUGAUGGUGCCAUGCUCCAAGAUGAUACGGCAACGUACUGUGCUGCUAUCAAGGAGUCAAUCGUUGAUGAUCACCCGAUCUUUGGCAUUGCCUUUGUUGAUGCCGCUACUGGCCAGUUUUUCAUCUCGGAAUUUGAGGACGACGUGGACUUGACCAAAUUCGAAACAUUUGUAGUCCAGACCAACCCCCGCGAGCUACUCUUGGAAAAGUCUCGCAUUUCCACCAAGGCUCUUCGAAUCCUCAAGAACAACACGGCGCCGACGACGAUCUGGAACUACUUCAAGCCAGGCACCGAGUUCUGGGAAGCAGACCUCACCAGGCGUGAGCUCAGCUGCAAUGGAUACUUCGCCCCUGAACACGACUUGGAUGCCAAGGAGGUCUGGCCGGACGCACUGGCCGAAGCGAAGGACAAAGACAUGCUAAUGUCUGCCGUCGGUGCUCUGGUCCAGUACUUGCGCGUACUCAAGAUCGAGCGGAAUUUGCUGUCCCAAGGCAACUUCACGUGGUUCAACCCCAUUCACAAGUAUGGCACUCUCAUCCUAGAUGGCCAGACUCUCAUCAAUCUUGAGAUCUUCGCCAACACCGUUAAUGGAGGUACUGAAGGCACGCUAUUUAGCCUGCUCAAUAAGUGCGUAACUCCCUUCGGCAAGCGCCUGUUCCGGCAAUGGCUGUGCCAUCCUCUUUGCAACAUUGCCAAGAUCAAUGAGCGACUGGACGCGGUCGAUAUUCUCAAUGCCAAUCGCGAAAUGCGAGAGCAAUUCUCUUCUCAGAUGACUCGGAUGCCUGACCUAGAGCGUCUGAUCUCGAGGAUAAACGCUGGGGCUUGCAGACCGGAAGACUUUGUCAAGGUGCUUGAGGGAUUUGAGCAGAUCGAGCACACUAUGAGCUUGCUUAGUUCCUUCGGUGGCGGCAAUGGCCUAGUCGACCAACUCGUCUCAUUGAUGCCUGAUCUCAACGAGCCUUUGUCCUACUGGAAGACGGCGUUUGAUCGCAAGAAGGCUCGCGAGGAGAAACUCCUCAUUCCUGAGCGUGGCAUCGAGGAAGACUUUGAUGCGAGCCACGACCAGAUCAUCGAGAUGAAGGAUGAAUUGCACAGCUUGCUUGACAAGAAGAAGGUCGAACUGAAGUCCAAGGCCCUCAAGUUUACCGACGUUGGCAAGGAAGUCUACCAGAUUGAAGUGCCGAAGGCCGUCAAAGUCCCCAAGGAUUGGCAGCAGAUGUCAGCUACCGCCAACGUCAAGCGGUACUACUUCAAGGAACUCACAAGUCUUGUGCGCCAGCUGCAAGAGGCCGAGGAGACGCACUCGCAGCUCCUCCGUGAGGUUGCCGCCCGCAUCUUCAAGCGCUUCGACAUUGACUACGGGACCUGGUUGCAGGCCAUCCGCAUCAUCUCCCAAUUGGACUGUUUGAUCAGUCUCGCGAAGUCAUCCGCGGCGUUGGGCGAACCCAGCUGCAGGCCCGUCUUUAUCGACGAGGAACGUAGUGUUGUCGAGUUCGAGGAGCUGAGACACCCAUGCAUGCUCAACACUGUGGAUGACUUCAUACCCAACGACGUUGUACUUGGUGGUGAUUCUGCUAAGAUCAACCUGCUCACGGGAGCCAAUGCUGCUGGUAAAUCGACCAUUCUGCGUAUGUCCUGCGUAGCAGUCAUUCUCGCCCAGAUAGGUCACUACAUCCCUGCGACGAGCGCCCGUCUUACCCCUAUCGACCGCAUCAUGAGCCGGCUGGGCGCCAACGACAACAUCUUCGCAGCACAGUCCACCUUUUUCGUCGAACUAAGCGAAACCAAGAAGAUCCUCUCGGAAGCGACUCCGCGCUCACUCGUCAUUCUCGACGAACUGGGUCGCGGCACUUCCAGUUACGACGGUGUGGCCGUUGCCCAAGCCGUGCUGCACCACGUCGCGAGCCAUAUCGGCUGUGUCGGGUUCUUCGCGACGCAUUACCAUAGUCUUGCUACCGAAUUUUCCUCUCAUCCCGAGGUACGCUCCAAACGCAUGGCUAUUCAGGUCGACGAUGCCAACCGCAAGAUCACUUUCCUCUACAAGCUCGAGGACGGAGUCGCCGAGGGAAGUUUUGGCAUGCAUUGCGCGGCCAUGUGCGGUAUCAAGGACAGCGUGAUCGAGAGGGCUGAGGAGGCGGCGCGGGAGUGGGAGCACACUUCUAGACUGAAGGAGAGUCUCGAUAAGGCGCGCGAGGGCUGCUGGAUACCCUUGGGUGUUCUGAGUGAUGUCGCUGCGCUGCUGGAUGAUAAGAAGGCCCAGGAUGUCGAUGGGAAAGGUCUGGAGGUUCUGAUGAGGGCAAUUGAAGCCUUGUAAGAAAUCUGACAGGCGUUUUACACUGCUAUAGCAUACUGGGAGAAGAUGUUGAUUUGCUGUACUGAUAUAGCUGUACGGAUAGAUGAUUUAGUUACUAGCUAGAGUAAGGGACGGGAAGACUUUGCCGCAAGAGCAACGGCUUGUAUGGGUUUUAGAGUGUGCUGAUACAAAAUACAAUCAACUGAUG